UAUGUUUCACUCCCUAUUCUUAAAAGUACCCUUCUCCCCAACGUAACAGCGAAAAUGAGAUAACAGAUAUAAACUUUGCGAUGGAAGAAGAAAACUUUAUAGAAUCUCUUUUUGAAUUGGCAGACAACUUAGAAAAGCCAAAAAUAAACAAGCGAGAUGUUUGUUCCAGAUGCAGGAGACCAGUUACAGUUUGUUGGUGUCCCUUUUUACCAUCAGAACCUAUACAAAUAACAACAACAGUAUUUAUUUUACAACACCCAUUUGAGGAAUCAAGAAAUUUAAAAACUGCUCCAAUGUUAAAUCAGAGUCUAUCACCAGGAAAGUGUCAUGUUUACAGAUCAAAAAAAUUCCCAGAACACAGAUAUCCAGGACUUUUAGAGCUUAUGAGACAACCCAACACCUUACUACUAUUUCCAGGCCCUGGGGCUGUUGAUAUAUCUGAACUUCCACCCGUAGGAGAUGGAGUGUCAUAUAACUUGGUACUGUUGGAUGGAACCUGGGGACAAGCAAAGCAUAUGUUUCUAUCAAAUCCUAUGUUACAAUUUCCCCAAAAGGUGCAAAUUAAUCCUACUGUAAAAAGUAAAUAUGUGAUACGUACUCAGCCAGAUGAUGGUUCCCUGUCUACCCUAGAAACUGCAGCUUUUGCUUUAUCUGUGUUAGAACAGAUCCCAGACUUAUUUGAUGUAUUAACCAAGCCUUUAGAAGCCUUAUGCCAGUUCCAGCUUAAUCAUGGAGCCUGCACACACCAUAGUAAAACAUAUAAAAUAGAAAAUGGAUUGUGGAAGAAAAAACUGUCAAAGAAAGCUUUAAAAAGACUUGAAGAAAAAAAAAACCAACAAAUUUUAGAUGGAAAUCAGCAAAGUUGACAAACAUUUUAUUUUAGUGUAUGCUUAAUUAGUGUGAUUGUUUUAUUAAAGAUUGUACAUGAACAUAUUUAUUUCUUUCAGAUCUUAGAUAUUAAAAUUUUAAUAACUUUUAAA